AUGGAAAAUCAAAACAACGUGACCAAAUUCAUUCUUCUGGGCCUUACAGAGAACCCUGAGCUGCGGAAAGUAUUUUCUGCCAUGUUUCUUGUCAUGUACAUGGCCACAGUGCUGGGAAAUCUAGCCAUCAUGGUAACCAUAAUCACAAGUCAGAGUCUGAGAACACCCAUGUACUUUUUUCUUACUUUCAUGUCCCUUUCGGAUGUCACCACCUCUUCCAUCAUUGCCCCCAAGUUGAUUGUGGACUCCCUGUCUGAAGGCACAACCAUCUCCCUGGAAGGCUGCAUGACCCAGCUCUUUGCGGGACAUUUCUUUGGUGGUGUGGGGAUCAUCCUUCUCAUCGUGAUGGCCUAUGACCGCUAUGUGGCCAUCUGUAAGCCCCUGCACUACACCAGCAUCAUGAGACCCAGGGUGUGCCAUCUGAUGGUGGGAGGGGCCUGGGUGGGGGGAUUGAUGCACGCAACAACACAGCUUCUGUUCAUGUCCCAAAUACCCUUCUGUGGUCCUAAUAUCAUAGAUCACUUUAUGUGUGAUUUGUUUCAGUUGCUGACACUUGCCUGCAUGAACACACACAUAUUGGGCCUCUUAGUCACCCUCAAUAAUAGGGUGAUAUGUACAGCUAUCUUCCUUGUCCUAAUUGCCCCCAACACAGUCAUCCUCUGCUCCCUGAAGUCUUACAGCUCUGAAGGGUGGCUCAAAGCCCUGUCCACCUGUGCCUCCCACUUCACAGUAGUCAUCUUGUUCUUUGUGCCCUGUAUUUUUUUGUACAUGAGGCCUGUGGUCACUUACCCCAUAGACAAGGCAAUGGCUGUGUCUGAUUCAAUCAUCACACCCAUGUUAAACCCCUGGAUCUACACACUGAGGAACACAGAGGUGAAAAACACCAUGAAGAAACUUUGGAUGAAAUGGGAGUCUAUGGUUGGCAGGUAA